AUGGAAGAAUUUGCGGACGAAGUCCUUAGCUCCUCGCUGGAGGAAAUCAUCGAGUGGUUCACCCAGAACCCCGAAGAAUUCGCUAGGUUCGUGGAGGAUGACCCAGAGACGAGCCCAAAUAACAGCGAGUCCGAAGCCGCGCAGAGCCCAAACGGUGAGAUGGAUACCACCGCGGACGAUACCAAGGACAACGCGGACGACUCCAACACGAGUGCUGCCCCCACGGCCGCCGAGGAGCACAAAGACACGACCGUCGUGGAAAACAACCUCACAUACGGUUCGUAUGAUAUCCCGGACGAGGAUGAGGGCUCUCCCCUGUACAUGAAUAACGCGGUGAGGCGCAGGUGGAAGACCACACGGCGGAAUAAUAGCAUGGCGAAGCACGGUCUCGUCUCCCAAGACGGAGGGUACGAAGGCGACGACGAGGAAUCCAACUAUCCUCCCCCACGGCCCGAGUCCCUAAGCAACGCGCUCUCGUCCGAGAGCGACCACGAAUCAACAUGUACAAGCGGUUCGAAUCUUUCUCCCUCGGGACUGUUCUCGUUUCCCUCGAACCCCUUGGGUGGAGCAGUCAAGAUGGCGCGGUCAGGCCGGUUGAGCGAUGAGAUGGGGCACAAGGUGUUGGAGUACAACGUGAAAUGGAACGAAGCGAUGCACGCACUGUAUGAAGUCCAGAUGAUGCUUCGCAGCAGCAGUGCUGCCUGGAAACACCAACAGUGA